GCGCCCGGCGGAGCGGGGAGCGGCGGAUCCCGGGGCAGCCCGGGCCGGCUCCGGGAUGAGCUUCCCGCGGCCCCUGCGCCGCUCCGUGAGCCUCAGCCCGGCCCGCACCCUGCGCCUCGUCGUGCUGGGACAGAGCGCCGUGGGCAAGACAGAGCAGAGCUCUGCCUGCAGCACGUGGAGCGAAGAUGGAUCGGCGCUGGGGCCGUUCCGCAGCGGCACAAACAGGGCAGCACGUGGGCACGCGCCUGCUGCGAUCCCGAGGUGCCCAGCCUGACUGCGUGGCAGCGCUGACCGUGCGAUUCAUCACCAGGAGAUUCAUUGGAGACUAUGACCCAACCCUAGAAAUGAUCUACAGGCACGUGGCUGUCAUCGAUGGGGAGAUGGUGCACUUCGAGAUCCUCGACACAGCCGGACAGGAGGAGGACUCCCUGCAGAUCGAGGAGAAGAUCAAGUGGGGCGAUGGCUUUGCCGUGGUCUACUCGGUGACCGACCGCUGCAGCUUCGACGAGGUGAUGCGGCUCUGCUUCCUCAUCAACCACCUGCACGCCAGCCCCAAGCGCAGCGGCCCCGCCGAGCAGCCCCCCGUGGUCAUCGUGGGCAACAAGAAGGACCUGCAGUUCGACAGGAUGGUGUCCACCGAGGACGGGGAGAACCUCUCCAAAGCCCUCAAGAUUCCCUUCUACGAGAUCUCCACCCGGGACAGCUACGAGGAGCCGGUGGCGGUGUUCAGCAGCCUCUACCAGGAGCUGCUCAGGCAGGGCCACUUCUCGCCGGGCUCCUUCAAGAGGAGGACAGUGUCCAAGCUCAUGGAGAAGAUUCCCAAAAUGCAAGCCAGCUCCACCCUGAACUCCGCGGGCCGGAGCCUCAGCUUUAACUCCUUCAGGGACUACAUUCCCGAAGCUGAGGUGGCCCUGGUGACUCCAGGGGUGUUGGGACAACCCUUGGAGGGAGACUCAGCCGUGUUUUGGUGGGGCUCAGACCCAGCACAGGCACGUCUGGGGGGGCUUUCCCCCUCCCCUGAGCUGGCUGGGUGUGUCUGCACCCCAAACCCAGCACCCACCAUGCUGGGUGACCCCGAGGGCUGUGCUGGCUCCCGGGCUGGCAGCAGCCAUUCCCUGGGGAUGGAGCCUGAUUCCUCAGCGUGGCUGGUGAGUAAAACCCCUGUAUCCUCAAACCCUUCCAGCCCAUCCAGGCUGUGCUCAGUGGUACGGACACAACGGAGCCGAUUCCAGAAGCUGCUUGCAGGUCCCCCUCUGUCUGCUCAUCUGCUGCCCCGUUCCCAGAGGGAAAACCACUGUGGCCUGAGGAGUUGUUGUUUUGCACAGGGAUGGGGCAGGAAAGGUGUGGGAAGGAGCUGGGCUCGUGGCUCAUAUUCCUUCCCUCCCUCUGGGUGUUGGGGCUGUGUGGCUGGUCGGGGUGGCUGUGCUGGGACCCUGUGGUGUGACUCCCCUGUCCCCUCUGUUGUGACCGACCCCAUUGUCUGCUGCCGUGUCCUGUGACAAUAAAAGCCGAGUUCCCAACCGCC